AUGAGUACCACCACCACCGUACUACCACCCCCGCCCGUCCUCUUUCCUUCACUGGCCGGUCUGGAUAGAGCCAUCGUGAUGAUCAUCGUCUCGGAGAUCGGGGAUAAGACGUUCCUGCUCGCAGCGCUGCUGGCCAUGCAGCAUCCUCGGCUGAUCGUCUUCACUGGCGCCUUCCUCGCCCUGCUCGUCAUGUCGGUGCUCUCAGCCGGAUUGGGACACGUCUUACCGAGCCUGAUCUCGCGCCGGUAUACCGUCCUAGCAGCCUCGGCCCUCUUCCUGGUCUUCGGGCUCAAGAUGCUCCGGGAGGGGAUCGAGAUGGAGGGUGGGACGGGCAAGGUGGAGUCGGAGAUCGAGGAGGUGGAGCAGGAGAUCAGGGAGAAGGGCGAGGAUCUGGAGCCGGAACAUGCGCGCUUGGAGGAGGCCCGGCCGACUGCCCGCUCGCGUCAGCUCACCGGAAACCGAGGCUCCUUUAAACGCUCUCGAUCACAAGAUCAUCAGAAGUUGGACGGACUCAAGAACCUCGUCUAUCUGCUCAUCUCGCCCGUUCUCAUCCAAACCUUCAUCAUGACCUUUCUGGCCGAAUGGGGUGAUCGCAGCCAAAUCUCUACCAUCGCUCUUGCCGCGGCUCAUAAUGUUUAUAUCGUCUCACUGGGAACUGCGCUUGGCCAUGCACUGUGUACAUUCUUCGCCGUCAUGGGGGGUCGAUGGUUAGCCACCAAGAUAUCGGUCAAAUACGUGACCUUGGGAGGAGCGAUCUUAUUCCUUAUAUUCGGGGUGCUCUAUCUGUACGAAGGCUUGACAUGGCAAGAGAUCGUGGUGGAGGGGCUCGAGCCAAGCGGAGAGUUGCGUGAACGUGCAAGUAAGAUUGCCAUGGGAAUCGCUCCGGUCGGCAAAGUCGAGGGAUAG